AUGCACAUUGCAGUUUUUGACAUUGAAGUCCAUCUGCCAUCAUGCUGCCCAUUCACCUUGCUUGACACCUGGAGCAUUUCUGAGCCCAAUCGACGCACCGACCAAUGCAUGGCAGCUUUCAACCUCAGUGACUAUGACCGUUCAUCAUUCAUCCUAACAGGAAUCCCUGGCCUGGAAGCUGCUCACAGCUGGAUUUCCAUCCCUUUCUUUAUGUUCUACGUUAUUGGCCUGUUGGAAAAUGUCAUGGUUCUUUUUGUUGUAGGCAAAGAGGAGAUCCUGCAUGCACCAAUGCAUUUGCUGCUCUGCAUGCUGGGGCUUACAGAAAUCAGCGCAUCUACUGCCAUCGUCCCAAAGGCACUGUGUAUAUUUUGGUUCAAUUUGAAACGCAUUACUGUGGGUGGCUGUCUCACCCAGAUGUUCUUCCUUCACGUGGUUUCUGUGACACAGUCAGCCAUCCUCAUGACAAUGGCCUUGGAUCGCUAUGUUGCCAUAUGUAAACCUCUGAGAUAUGCCACCAUCCUCACAAAUGCACGAAUAGCUAAGCUAGGGCUAGUGUGUUUGACAAGAGCUGUUCUCUUCAUUCUGCCCCUGCCUCUGCUCCUGAGUCAGCAGACAUUCUGUGCCAGCUGCAUUAUCCCCCACACGUACUGUGACCACAUGGCUGUGGCAAAGAUGUCGUGUGGGGACAUCAAAAUCAACAGGAUAUACAUCUUCUUGUUAGUAUUUAUAGUCCUUGGGUUUGACCUGACAGUUAUUGCUGUCUGA